AUGAGCGAACAAGAACAAAAUGCUGCUGAUGCAUUGCAAAGCAAUAGCAAUGAGUUGACAACAGAUACAGCCGAACCACCGCCGUCUCCACCUCAUACUGCCAAUAGUGAAUCCUCAUUGCCAGCAACGACUACAGCAGCAGUUGUAAAAGUCCAAGAAGAUGAUACAAUCAUUACUGAUAACAACGAAGGUGUCGAGGAUGAAAAUGGAUCCAAAGACAACAAUAGCAACAACGUGGAGCCAAAGGUUGUAUCAUCAGCAACGACAAACUCACAUGACAACGAUCGCCUUCCCGACAAACCACCUGCACCAGAACCCAUGGCAACCAAACCAUUACCCUCUCCGCCAUCAGCAUCUCGAUCCACACCUCGUAUACAAGCAAGAACCAACACCCUUUUGCCAAGAGAGCAGGAAGUUGCAGAUCAAGCCAUGAUGGAAGGCAUGGAUGCUUUGUUCAACAAUCGAUUCUCGGUUGCAAAGUCAAUAUUCGAAUCCAGAGCGCGAGAUGAUCCACUCUACUCAUUAGGCAAGGGAGCCAUGGCAUUUAUCCGAGCGAUCAUUUCGUCGACACCAUUUGAUGCUGAUAGAGCGAUUGAUGAGCUGAGCGAGACAUAUGAAUUCGCGAAUGCCCAAGUGGAAGCUGCACAAGCCAAGAAACCUUUGAAGGAUACAGUGUCCCAGAUUUUCACCAACUUGCUUGGAAAGAAUACAACAGGCUUACCAACCAACACGCGACCAUUGAAUCAAGAGGAACUUAAGGAGCAAUCUGGAUUCAUGGCAAACGGGGCUCUACGUGCACAUGUCAUUAAAGCUGAAUGCGGGCUAUUGAUGAGCCUUGUUUGGCUUUCGCAAGAAACAGUGCUAGGUUACCUGAAGAUGGGAUUAAAUUUACGAAGAGCCUAUAGCAGCUACAGCUUGGUGUGGCAAGAAUACAAGCGCAUGGGCCAGGAUUUCUACCAACAUAUGGAUGCGAACACGAUUGCUGCCGUACAAUUUGGAAUUGGAUCGGUGCAUCUUGUGCUUUCGUCUUUACCACCUAAGAUCCUCAAAGUGAUAUCAGCUUUUGGAUGGCAUGCGGAUCGUAAUCUUGGAUUUGCUCUAUUGAAGCUAUGCUUGGAAAGCAAGACUAUUCGGUCGCCAUUAGCCUCUAUGAUGCUCUUGACGUACUAUGUUCUCCUUACUUCGCACGCACCAUUGAUAUUGAAUUCGGAGCUCAUGCAACCAGCAGUGGAUUGUUUAAUGGACGCACAAAAGACGUAUCCGAAUUCAGCCUUCUUUCUCUACUUUGCUGGUCGUGUGUCACGAUUAUCACGAAGCAUCUCGCUUUCUACGCAAUCUUUUGAAUAUGCACGUCGAGUAAGCCAAGGCGAUUGGGCUGAAGCACCCAUGACUACGUUGACAGGAUAUGAAACAGCUUUCAACCAUGCCAUGCAACUCAAUUGGAAAGCAGCUGCGGAGCACCUUGAUCAAUUAACAUCAUCGCACAGUCGACCAUCCUUUGUCAAAUUCUUCUAUGCGGCAUGUAUGGAGAUGGCGGGUGAUCGUAGUGGGGCUGUUCUUGCUUUUGCUGAAGCAUCUCAAUUGGCAAAGAAAAACAAGAACCCAACUCAGCUGGACCAACUCGUGAUCGAACGUGUCUCGUUUUAUGAAAACAGCGGAUACCAAGACUUGGAUCUAAGUCUACCAGCAUUGGAAGUGUUAUUGUUAUGGAACUCACUCGCAUGCAUGUCGCACGAAUGCUUAUCAGAGUGCAUGGAAAAGGUGGACGAAGCAUUAUCAUUGAUUUAUGAGCGAGAGCGGCAGGAGUAUCAAAUAAGGACCACAGAAAUCGCGCCCAACGUUGAUCCACCUGAUUACUAUUGUGAGCGUGGCACCCUGCUGCUGAUCAAGAUCUCAAUCCUGAAUGCCAUGGGUCGAAGUCACGAUGCUAUUGUGCAUUUGAAUUGGAUCAUUGAUAAUAGAUCAAGGAUUGUUGGUGCCAAAUGGAUUGUUCCCUUCACAUACUGGGAAGCGGGUGUUGCUAGUUGGAGCAUGGAAGACAAGAGAUCCGUUGCACUUGCCAUGUGGCAGCAAGCUUUAAGUAUAUCUGGAUACGUAUUGGAGUAUCAAUUAGCUAUCCGCUUGAAUCUUGCCAUCACACAUGCCAAUGACCUGGGAGUGCCGAGCACCACCAGCACGGCAAAGAGUGAAAGGAAAAAUAGCAUUGGACAGCAACAGCAGCAGCAGCAAAAUGGACAUCGACGCUCUCUCCCUGCAACUGUACAAUCUACUGAAUCAUCAUCCGAUAUAUAG